AAUCCCUUAAGACAGAAACAGCGCAAAAAUAACAUCUCUAGACAUCAUAGAUUUUAAUUUAUUUUUUUAAUAUUCAACCAAUUUAGAAUAAUGGUUAAUGAUUGUUGCUUAUCAUCAGUUGAUGAUGUAGAGCAAAAACUUGUAAUAGCUAAGCAGUCCCUAAUUAUAUUAAAUGAUAAUAUUCGUCGAUUUGUUGGUCGCGUACCAAAGGAGUUGAGAAUAGAGAAAUACAAACAUACCGAUGAAGCCAAAAAGAACGAUCAUAACGAAAGAUCAUAUAAAGAUAAGCGCCGUAUGUUUGAUUCGAAUUAUGCAGAUACUCGUUUCUCUGUAGACGAGAGCGAAACGCGCUCGGCAAGGAUCAACUCUCGAGUAAUUCGGGAAUUACCAUCUAGAAAAGAAGUUGUUGAAGCUCAAGGGACCGAUUCCGAGUCUAUAGCUCGAAAUCGUCGCAUGUUUGGAUCUCUUAUUGGAACAUUACAAAAAUUCUGCCAAGAGGAGUCGCGUCUAAAGAUCAAAGAAGAUAAAAAAGCUGAAAUAGAGAAGAAACUGGAGAGGCAAGAACUUCAGGAAAGGGCCAUGUUAAGAAAAGAACGAGAAACUUUGUUUUUAAAUAAAAAACGAAAGCAAUUUGAAAUCAGAGCAUUGGAAUAUAAAAUGUCUAGACUAAAGGAUUUUAAAUCUUGGGAAUCGAACAUCACUUAUCAAAAAAAUCAAAUUAGAACAAAAACUAAACCGCAUUUAUUUUUUCGGCCACAAAUGCACACCACGCGUACAGAGAAACUCCUACUUGAAUGUAAAACUUAUGUAGACUGUUUUAUUCAAAGCAGACGUGAAGAACUACACGCAGAACUACGGGAUUUGGAGCGUAUAAAUUACAUAAAAAUGCAUGAAGAUAACGAAAUUGACGAAAGCAUCGAUGAAGAACAAUAUGAUGAGAUCGGUAGUGAAAUUCAAUAACUAGAAAAUUUCUACAAAUUUGCAUUAGUGUGGAACUUAUUAAAUCGUCUUGAACAAAUUAGCAAUGGUUCGGAUUUGGGUAUCACCCUUUUUUCCAUAUAUGAGUACGGCUGAUCAACGGAUUGAUUAUAUCGAGACUACAUUUAGGCAAUGAAAUUUUAUAAAUUCAAUAAUCACCAGUACAAAUUUGAUUGGUGUCAAUAAAAUGAAAUCUCAAAAAGUUAUUUGUU